GGUAGGCCCCUGCCUGAGACAUUGGCGUCCACGUAUUAGACGGCGCCAUGGCAGCCAGCCCGCGCAACCAGACACCCAGGUGGCUUCGCUCCGGACACUAACGCCGAUAAAAGUGUCAGAAAAUCGUCUCCCACGCAAGAAUGCGGGCGACGGACUGACGCAUGGGAAGCGGCAGCCAGGCAAGGAAGUUUGGCGCGGCUUCUUAAAACCUCUUCAAGCCACAACACUCAGCAGGCAGCCUUACAAGGAGCUUUGCAGUACCUGCUCAUGAGAAAGAUGAGGAACAUGAUAAUGUGGCGACAGACAAGGUUGCAGGUAAGCUGAGUUCAACUCUCUCAUGGGUGAAGAACUCGGUGUCUCAGAUGGCUAGCCAGGUGGCCACGCCCACCACCUUGCCGACCUCCACGUCUCUGUCCUCGCCGUCCUCGCCGCCGCUGCUCAGCCCGGAUGACGAGCAGCUGCUCGCCAAGCUGGAGGAGCAGAACAGGCUGCUGGCGACGGACAGCAAGUCACUGCGCUCCAUGAAUGGUUCCAGGAGAAACAGCGGCUCCUCGCUGGUGUCCAGCUCCUCGGCCUCGUCCAACCUGUCACACCUGGAGGAGGACACCUGGAUGAUGUGGGGGAGGGUCGUUAACGAGUGGGAGGACAUGCGCAAGAAGAAGGAGAAGCAGCUCAAGGAUCUGGUGGUAAAAGGGAUCCCGCACCACUUCCGGGCCAUCGUGUGGCAGCUGCUAUGCAACGCCCAGAACAUGGCCAUCAAGGACCAGUACUCGGACCUCCUGAAGAUGACGUCGCCCUGCGAGAAGCUGAUUCGCCGAGACAUCGCCCGCACUUACCCGGAGCACGACUUCUUCAAGGAGAAGGACAGCCUGGGCCAGGAGGUCCUCUUCAACGUCAUGAAGGCGUAUUCUCUGGUGGACCGCGAGGUGGGUUAUUGCCAAGGAAGUGCCUUCAUCGUCGGGCUGCUGCUCAUGCAGAUGCCAGAGGAGGAGGCCUUCUGCGUCUUCGUGAAGCUGAUGCAGGACUACAGACUACGAGAGCUCUUCAAGCCCAGCAUGGCGGAGCUGGGCCUCUGCAUGUACCAGCUGGAGUGCAUGAUCCAGGAACAUCUGCCGGAGCUGCACCUGCACUUCCAGGCACAGAGUUUCCACACCUCCAUGUACGCCUCCACCUGGUUCCUCACCAUCUUCCUCACCUGCUUCCCGCUGCCCGCGGCCACCAGGAUCUUUGACAUCUUCAUGUAUGAGGGUCUGGAGAUCGUGUUCCGAGUGGGCCUGGCCAUCCUGCAGAUGAACCAGGCGGAGCUCAUCCAGCUGGACAUGGAGGGCAUGCUGCAGCACUUCCAGAGGGUGGUCCCGCACCAGCUGGACAGCGGACCUGACAAAGUCAUCCAGGCGGCGUAUCAAGUCAAGUACAACGCCAAGAAGAUGAAGAAGUUGGAGAAGGAGUACACCAGCAUCAAAAGCAAGGAGAUGGAGGAGCAGGUGGAGAUAAAAAGGCUGCGGACGGAGAAUCGCCUCCUCAAGCAGAGGAUCGACACGCUGGAGAAGGAAAGUGCUUCCUUGGCAGAUAGAUUGAUCCAGGGACAAGUGACGCGGGCUCAGGAGGCGGAGGAGAACUACCUGGUCAAGCGGGAGUUGGCCACGGUCAAACAGCUGGGCCAGGAGGUCAGCGCUCAGCUGGAGCAGGCCAACACAACCAUCGGGCAGCUUCAGCAGCAGCAGCCGCAAGCGAAGGUGACGUCGCGCUGCUCGGAGGAGGCGGUCCUGCAGCUGGAGAGAGAGCUGGUGCAGGCCAGGCUGAAGGAGGCGGAGUCUCAGUGCGCCCUCAGGGAGAUGCAGGACAAGAUUUUGGACAUGGAGAAGCGCAACACGUCGCUGCCGGACGACACCAACGUGGCGCGACUCCAAGAGGAGCUGAUGGCGGUCAAGGUGAGGGAGGCGGAGGCCCUCAGCGGCCUCAAGGAGCUGCGGCAGCAAGUGCGAGACCUGGAAGACCACUGGCAGCGCCACCUGGCCCGCACGUCAGGCCGCUGGAGGGAAAGCCCCAAGAAGAACGCCCUGAGCGAGCUGCAGGACGAGCUGAUGAGCGUCCGGCUGCGCGAGGCCGAGGCUCAGGCCGAGCUGCGAGAAAACCGCCAGAGGAUGUUGGAGCUGGAAACGCAGAAUCAGAUCCACAACAACCACCUGCGGAGGGCGGAGCAAGAGGGUCGAAGUCUUCAGGAGCGCGUGCAGACCUUGACCACGCAGAACAAGAACCUCCACGGGCAACUGCAGGAGAUCAAACGGCGACAAGCGGAGAUGGAAUGCAAGAGUAAAGAGGAGGUGAUGGCGGUCAGGCUGAGGGAGGCUGACAACAUGGCCGCCAUGGCUGAACUGCAGCAGCACAUCUCUGAGCUGGAGAUCCAGAAAGAAGAAGGCAAGGUCCAAGGGCAGCUGAACCACAGUGACUCCAAUCAGUUCAUCCAAGACCUCCAAGAUCACAUCACUGAACUCAAACAUGAGAUCUGCUGCCUGAAGGUUCAGAGGGGCAUGGCCAAGCCCCCCACCUAUGACAUCAUCAAGCAGUACGCGGGUGAUGACAAUGAUGAUGAAGAUGAUGAUGAUGAGGAGGAGGAGGAGGAAGGCACCAAGGAGCAGCACCAGACUGGUGGGGGUCGAGUCACGCUGCAUCCCAAACUGGGGGCCACGGACAGUGAGGAAGAAGACGAGGCCCCCACCCACCGCUACACCUCCGUGUGACCCGCACAGUGUGGACUGGACCACAGAGAGCAGAGAGGGAGGGACAGUAGACAUUGAACAUUUAUCACUCAACGGAUUUUAUAUUUCUUAACUUUAUUUUAUAGAACAACACUUCUUCAAUCUUUCUCUGUGUUUGUGGGGGUGUGUGUGUGUGUGUGUGUGUGUGUGUGUGUGUGUGUGUGUGUGUGUGUGUGUGUGUGUGUGUGUGUGUGUGUGUGCGUGCGUGUGUGCGUGCGUGCGUGUGUGCGUGUGCGUGCGCGUGCGUGUGUGUGUCAUCUGCACUGAUUGGUCUCAUUCACAAAAGGAAGUAAACAUGACUGUGUGUGUGUGUGUAGUUGUCAUGGUAACAGACAACGUUGUUUGUGUUAGUGUUACAUUCAGGUGCAACAACUCUAACACCUGACUUGGUGGCAGUGAACGCAUCACAGCAUGUUGGGGGAGUGUGGUGAGCACACACACACGCAAACACACAUUGAUACACACACACACCUAUACAUAUACACACAUACAUAUACAUACACACAGAUAUACAUAUAAAUAUACACACAUAUACAUGUAUAUACACACAUACAUUCAUAUAUAUAUAUAUACACACAUACAUAUACAUACACAUACUUAUACAUAUACACACAAACAUAUACACUUUCCCAUACAUAUACACACACACAUUCAUAUACACACAAAUACACACACAUAUACUGUACAUGUAUAUACACACAUAUAUACACACACACACACAUACAUGUAUAUACACACACAUACAUGUAUAUACACACAUACAUAUACACACAUACAUGUAUACACACAAACACACACAUGUAUAUAUACACACAUACAUAUACACACGUAUAUACAUAUACACACAUAUACAUGUAUAUACACAAACACACAUAUAUAUAUAUAUAUAUACACACAUACAUAUACACACAUAUACGUACAUGUAUAUACACACACAUACAUAUACACACAUAUACAUGUAUAUACACAAACACACACAUACAUGUAUACAUACAUAUACAUACACAUACAUAUAUACACACACAUAUAUAUACACACAUACAUGUAUAUACACAAACACAUAUAUAUAUAUAUACAUAUAUAUAUACACACACAUAUACACAUACAUAUGUAUAAACACACUUAUACACACACAGAGAGAUGACAUGAGUGUGAGUUCAUAAUAAAUAGUAAACAUACACACACACACACACAAAGAGAUGACAUGAGUGUGAGUUCAUAAUAAAUAGUAAACAUACACACACACACACAUAUACACACAGAGAGAUGACAUCAGUGUGAGUUCAUAAUAAAUAGUAAACACACACACACACACAUAUAGACACACACACAGAGAUGACAUCAUGAGUGUGAGUUCAUAAUAAAUAGUAAACACACAUAUACACACACACACACACAGAGAGAUGACAUGAGUGUGAGUUCAUAAUAAAUAGUAAACACACAUAUACACACACACACAGAGAGAUGACAUCAUGAGUGUGAGUUCAUAAUAAAUAGUAAACACACACACACACACAUAUACACACACACACACAGAGAUGACAUGAGUGUGAGUUCAUAAUAAAUAGUAAACAUACACACACACACAUAUACACACACACACACACAUAUACACACACACACAGAGAUGACAUGAGUGUGAGUUCAUAAUAAAUAGUAAACACACAUAUACACACACACACACAGAGAGAUGACAUCAUGAGUGUGAGUUCAUAAUAAAUAGUAAACACACACACAUAUACACACACACACAGAGAUGACAUGAGUGUGAGUUCAUAAUAAAUAGUAAACAUACACCCACACACAUAUACACACACACACACAGAGAUGACAUCAUGAGUGUGAGUUCAUAAUAAAUAGUAAACACACACACACACAGAGAGAUGACAUGAGUGUGAGUUCAUAAUAAAUAGUAAACAUACACAACACACACACCUAUACACACACACACGCACAGAUGACAUGAGUGUGAGUUCAUAAUAAAUAGUAAACACACCACACACACAGAGAGAUGACAUGAGUGUGAGUUCAUAAUAAAUAGUAAACAUACACACACACACACCUAUACACACACACACGCACAGAUGACAUCAUGAGUGUGAGUUCAUAAUAAAUAGUAAACACACACACACACAGAGAGAUGACAUGAGUGUGAGUUCAUAAUAAAUAGUAAACACACACACACACAGAGAGAUGACAUGAGUGUGAGUUCAUAAUAAAUAGUAAACACACACACACACAGAGAGAUGACAUCAU